AUGUCGCAGAUCCCCGGUACCAACAAGACCACCUCGGACGUGUCCAAGGACGCCCAGAACGUCGCCAACGAUGCCUCCAAGCAGGCCCAGCAGAUCGGCAACGAUGUGUCGAACAAGGCUAGCGACCUCGCCAACCAGGCUCAGCAGCAGGGCGACUCGCUGCUGAAGCAGGCCACCGACCUUGCCUCCAACACCAUUGCCUACGUUCAGCAGACCGCCGGCGACCUUCUCGGCGCAGGCAAGGCGAACGCCCAGAACGCAGCUGACCAGACCAAGUCUGCUGCCGACGACGCCGCCAAGGAAGCAUCCAAGACCACCGACCAGGCUGCCAAGCAGGGCGAGCAGUCGGCCGAGGAGGCCAAGCAGACCCUCAUCGGCCUCACCAACCAGGCGCGUGACCUUGCCUCGCACACGCUCGACUCGGCCAACCAGUACAUCAAGCCCGCCGAGCAGAACGCGCAGGGUCUCGUCAACCAGGCGCGCGCCACCGCCGCCAACCUCGUCGACAACGUCAGCCACCUCAUCGCUGCCGGCCAGACCAAGGCUGGCGAGGUCGCCGACGACGCCUCCAAGAAGGCCGGCGAGGCUCAGGCCUCCGCCUCCCAGUUCGCCAGCGAUGCCGCCGACGCCGCCAGCAAGAAGGCGGGCGAGGCCCAGAAGGCCGGCGAGAACGCGGGUCAGCAGGCCAGCCAGGCGCUCAGCGACGCUGCCGCCCAGGCCAAGGGCGCCGUCCAGGGCGUCACCGGCAAGUAA